CAGCCUUUAAACGGUUUCAUAAAGCCGGUUCAGAUGUGUUUAAAUAAGCUCGUAAAUGUGGUUCGCUGUUAUAUACAUGUAUUAUAAUGUUUGACAGGAAAAAAACGAACACUGACGUUAACAAACAACCGGUACACAGCACAGCACAGACUCCCAACUCAGAUUGUACCUGGGUACACAAAACCAAAAAAAGUUUUAUGUCGUGAGGCCGUGAGGCCCGUGAGGCCAAACGGGAAUUGGAUCGACGUCGCGGGAAAAUGAGAGUCAACAUCGGCAGGGCAUUCGCCUCAUGGAGAGACCUUCGUUUGGUUUUAGAGAUCAAAUCCGACCCCGAGCUGGCUUUCCUAUUAUUACACAGUUACCUUCGGACCAAGUCAGAGAGUCGACCUGAGCGGCCGAGCCUCGAAAAGAGUUCUUCUACUGAAACCUGGGAAUGUCUCCUCUAAGACCGUAAGCUGCCCCUUCUGAAUGUGUGCUGAAAAACAUCCGGUGUUUUUAAACAGCCCUGGCUCUAGAAAUGGGAAAUACAUGCAGUGGAUCGGCGCGGUCCAUUCCAGCCAAUCAUGGGGUUCGUUCAUGCUCAUGCACAGGAGGUGGGACGGUAUGAAGGGAAGCAGUGGGAGCGAGAGACGGAUAUUCCGGGGCAUGCUAGUGGAGGGACAGAGCUGAGAAGGGCUAAUGGGAGACAAACAGCCAAAGCGGAUACGGACAGACGAAUAUAAAUGUAAAAAGAAAGGCUAUGAUAAGGCCAGGGGGAAGACCCGCGUCAACCUUGGUGCGGCUUUCCAGCGAUGGAGGGACCUCCGGGAGCGGAAAGGCCUGAAAACAGACGAGGAGGUUGCUCUGUUUCUGCUUGAUAGUGAAAGUGUGCAUUAUGAAUACCCAUUAAUGAUGAGUUCACCAAAUGAAGACGAACAGGAAACAUGUGCUGCUCCUUCUGUCAAGUCAUCUGAAAAUGGAAAGGAGCCAGGGAAAAAAGUUGCUGCUUGUCAAAGACCAAAAAGUCAAGACGAGUGGACGACGUCCAAACAGUCAGAAAAUAAAGAAAAUAGAGAUAUUCAAGAAGAUGAGGAUGAAGAAUUCUGCACCUCUUUAAGUGUGGGAGACGGACGUUACCUGGUGGACUUGGGAAGUUCCUCAGAGUUCAUUGUUGAUGAAGAGUGCAUCCUCCAGCUGUUCAGGUCAUGUCGGGAAUGCAACAGAAAAUGUACAGUUAGAAAAUACACCGAAGGACUAAAGCUUGUUGUUAACCAGGCAUGCUCUUUCUGUCCAAGCCGCUGUAAAUGGACUAACCUGCCAGAUGAGAAGGAUGACGCUGAUAGUGGUUUCCAGAUCAAUGGAAAAGAUACAGCGUAUGGACAGACCAACACAGCAAUGUCGCUAAGCAGUAACACUAGCUGAGACAGUGUCACAUCUGAAACGAUGGACCUGGUUGCAAGGAGAUUGCGCUGAACCAGGAACACGCUCCAUCUGUGUUUUAACCUGUGAUGUUGUGGACAAAGCAACUGGACUUCUGGACAUUCUGCUGCUUUUCUCUGAAAUGUCAUCACGCCAUCAUCAAAGUCUCAGCAUUUUCUCCCCCUCACUUAUUGAUGAUGAUGCCAUCACGUGUUUAAAGAACAAUCUGAUGCAAACUAGAGGGUGGUUAACUCAGCUUGCAAUGGUUGUCUGAUGACAUCGCACACACUGCUGUUGUGAAGAAUACAUGAUUCUGACUGGUAGGUCAGACUGAGGUAUGGUGAAAUGACUACUGGUGGUCAGGAGUGGGGCCAUUGCAACAAACUACAGGUUGUAACAGCAAAGAUGGACUGCUCAAAGUUAUCAUCCGUGUGCCUGUAGGAUUUGUAGUUCAACAAUACACAUUUGCCUGAACAAGGAUUUCUUAAAAUGUUCAAGCUAUAUUGUAAAUUGUUCAAAUGACUCAUUCUCCUCAGUGUUAGUGGUUAAACCGCCCUCUUUACACCUGGCAUUAACAUUCAGUGUUUAUGUGCAAAUGUUUUUUGCACAUGUUUGUUGUGAAGUUCAUCCAGGCCCACCUAACUUGUUUGUGCAGUGUGUACAGAAUUACAAUAACAAGAACACUAAGGUACCAGUGGAGAUGCAUGUGAAUCAGGUGUUUUUAUAAAGAUAAUGUAACUGGACACAGAUGACAUGUUAAUAUCAGGUGUAAAUGGGACCCAUAUUUUCACCACAGCAUUUGAUAAAUACCUGAUACUUUGUUUUUGAUAGUCUUUGGUCAAGUGUAUUAAAAUAAGAUUAAAUCUCAAUAAAAUACACCUCAUGCAAA